UUCAUAAUGGUCAAAGGAUUAAAUUUAUUUGAAAAACGGUCAUUAGUAGAUAAGGGCAGGUUAGUAGCCAGAAUAUUUUUCGUGGGGAGGGCAGGGGAAAUAAUUUUUGGCACAGAUGACGAAGAUUUUGAGAAUUUUAGUAGCUCUAGGCGGAGAUUAUUCACUAUUUUUCUAUCCCUUCUCCAAACUUUUUUCCUUUUCCCAUUUCCGGGGAGGGGAGGGGAAUCCCCUCCCUCUAGCUACGUCCCUGGAUUGAACCAUUUUCUUAACCGAAUAAACAAAAUUCAAUUUAAAAUUUUUUUCUUCUUACAUUUUACAGACUUUUACCUGCUGUUCGUUUACCUCUUUUACGCCCUGCCUACCUUAUCGAUAAAGUUAGUCGUAAUCCAUAUUUUUGUAAUUCAAUGGAAUGUAGAGAUUUAAUUGAUGAAGCAAAAAAUUAUCAUUUAAUGCCAGAAAGACGCUCAAAUUUCAAUUCAAUAUUCAAAAUAAAUAUAAGAGUGUGUACAGAAAUGCCAGGGAAUAUUUAUGUUUUGGGAGGAUUAAAUCAAAUACAGCCUUCAACUGUUGAAUUUUAUGACCCAACAAUUAAAAAAUGGAAGCCUAGUAAAGUAAUGACUUCUCAGAGGACUAGAGUCGGUGUUGCUGUUUCAAACGGAAAAAUUUAUGUUGUUGGAGGCUAUAAUGGUUCAGAACGUUUACGUUGUGUUGAAAUGUUUGACACACUUAGUGGAAAUUGGGUUAAGCUUGUUUCAAUGUUUAAACGUCGUUCAGCAAUGUGUGCAACAGCUUUGGGUGAACACGUUUAUGUUAUUGGUGGUUAUGAUGGAACUAAUGCAUUAGAUUCUGUGGAAAUUUAUGAAAUAAAAAGUGAUUAUUGGGCUUUUGGACCUCCAAUGUUGGCUAAAAGAUGUGCUGCUGGAAUAGCUAUUUCGAAGGGGUUAAUUUAUGUAAUCGGAGGACAUAACGGCGUUCAAAUAUUCAACACAGUGGAGUGUUACGAUCCAGUUAUUGAAAAAUGGUCUUCUGUUGCACCGAUGUUGGAACCUCGGUGUAGAUUAGCAGCAACUUCACAUCGAAAUAAAAUUUAUGUUGUUGGAGGUUAUUACGACGGCAACUUUCUCAAAAGUGCAGAAGUUUACGAUCCAGAGACUGAUACUUGGUCCUCAAUUGCCCCAAUGAAUUUAUCGAGAGCGCGCGUUUCUCUUGUAACUAAUGGGAAUUUUUUGUAUGCGAUUGGUGGAUAUGACGGGGAGAAUAAUCUAAACUCAGUGGAAAUAUACAACCCAGCCAAAAAUCAAUGGGAAUUUGGUGCACCAAUGACGUCUCAUGAAGGGGGUGUUGGAGCAGUUGUUGUACCAACAAUGCCUCGAAUGCAUACUAAUCGAAAUAAUAAUAAUAAUGGAAGUGGAGUUAAAAGGCCUUACAAUUUUGAUAAUUAUGGAGAAGAUGGAGGAGGAGGAAAUGGUGGUGGAGGACCUUCAACCUCGAGAAGGAUGAGUGAACAAAUUGAAUAA